CCGGAUAGCACGGACCCUGGACCAAUGACGCAUUGGUCUGGCUUCUGUGUGGGCUCUUAGACCGCGCGGUCUAAGGCACUGCAUCUCAGUGCUAGAGGCAUCACUACAGACACCCUGGUUCGAAUCCAGGCUGUAUCACAACCGGUCGUGAUUGGGAGUUUCAUAGGGAGGCGCUUGUCAGGGUUUCUAAAUCCCCGUUCAAAGCCACUGCGAAGUCGGCUCAAAACAACAAUGACUUAAUUACUAUUAUUCUGUGUUUUCCCAAAACGCUUAUAUGCCUUCCCAAUGAAAAAUAGAUAGACAAUUCAAAAAUGUAUUUAAUGUAAAAGAGAUCUAUGUUUAUGGACGAUGCACCAUAUUGACAAAAUGACGGAGCGAUGCAGAUUACUGUUCGAUUUGAGAGGGGCGCGCCUCUCCCCGUUUUGGCCCGGUAACGUGACCAGCCUAUGCCCGGUGCCCAGCGGUUCAGCAGAAUCGAAUCCGCCCAUUGGGCAGGACUCAUUUUGACAACGGGAACACUAAACAAAAACAGACAAACAGAAGAACCAUCAAAUAAAAACAGCAAACUAUGUCUCUAUCGGAAUAUUGACCUGCGUACUCAACGUUAUAUUCAGACUCCAACUCGGAUUUAUCCCAAAACUAGUCGUUUCUAGUUAAAGUAUUGGUGAGACUGAUUUCUCCACACUGGUCAUUUCAAACCUCAAGCCAUCUGCCCUCUGCUCGGAGUUCAAUACCCGAGAGGAGGGGGCACCAAUUCAGCCUCAUACAGACAGACAGAUAUAUAGACAGACAGACUGGCAGAAGGACAGACAGGCAUCAGGAUGCCUCUGUUCUUCAGAAAGAGGAAGCCCAGUGAGGACUCCAAGAAGCGUCUGGAGUAUCAACUGUGCCUGUCUAAAGAAGUAGGGGCUGGUGACAUUCUGGACAUCUCCGCUUGUGAGCUCACAGAGGUCCCAACCAGUGCGUUCUCCAUAUGCAAGGUGCUACAGAAGAAGGUCUUCAUUCUCCAUGGAAACCAGCUGAAGUCCAUGGUGCCCAAAGGCUGUUGCAUCAACUUUCUGGUCACACUAAAGGUGUUGGAUUUGCACGAGAACAUGCUGACCGCCCUCCCUGACGAUAUAGGGCAACUGGCAUCCCUGCAGGUGCUGAAUAUAGAAAAUAACCAGAUCAAGGCCCUGCCGGACUCCAUUGGGAAUCUCAGACUUCUGCAGACCCUCAAUGUGAAAGGUAAUUGUCUAAGUCAGCUGCCUACCUCUGUGGGCCGUAUGAGCAGCCUGCGCACACUUGACCUGAGUGAGAACAGUGUGAGGGAGUUACCCCGGGACCUGGCUCUGGCACGCACUCUAGAGAGCCUGACCCUGGACGCUGCUCUCAUGUCCUACCCCCCUGCCUCGGUGUGCACCAUGGGGACUGAGGACAUCCAACGGUUCCUCUGCACUGAGCUGGGGGAGGAGUACUGCCCCUCGUCUCAGUUCCUGCUGCCCGUGCUGGAGAGUGACUCAGGGAAGCAGAGCCCGGACGAUGUGGACAGCCUGGAGGGGGCCUGGCAGAGUAAGUUCAAUGACUUUGAGAAGAGAAAGGAGCAGAAGCACCAGGAGAAACUGGCAUUUGAGCGUCAGCUGGAAGAGAAGCAGAAGGAGCAUCACCAGCUCAUCCUCAUGAACAACUCCCACAAGGAGAACAUCCUGCUGUCUGUCAGACAGGAACAGGAGCGUCUGGAGCUAGGCGUGUCAGUGCAGCAGAGGUUCCAGGAGGUUGAGAGGCAGAGGAUUCUGGGUAAGGUCCGCCAGGCCGAGACGGGCAUCGCUAACCGCAUCAACAACCUGCUACUGGACAACAAACGACAAAGAAAGAGUUCAGAGUUUCUCCAACAGUUGGAGCAGGACCGUAUACGGAUGGAGCAUCUGACGGCCAUCACACAAGAAGAGACCAACUCACUCAGGAAGAGAGAGGUAGCAGUGGCCAUGCAGAAGAUGUUGUCAGAGAGCUGCUCUAUGCGUCUGAUGCAGGAAGCCAGUGACUCACGCAGACAGAGUCUGGUCUCUGAGGCCUGCAGGAGUCUGGAGAGUCAGGACAGGAAGUUCGAUCAGGUGCUUUCGCUCCAGCAGCUAGACAAAUCCAAAGCCAUCGCUUGUAUCCUACAGGAGGAGGAGAUGCAGAAGGCAGCCUUCCAGGCACUGCAGCUGCAGAAGGACAGUGUGCACGGCUACAUCCAACAACAGAUCAGGCUAAUAGAAGGAGAGUUAAUGCAGCUGACUAAACUGGAGGUUAAGAGACACAAUCUGGACGCUGAGAACCUGCAGGAGGUGCUGUGGGAGCAGCGAUCGGCUCUCAGUGACCUGCUGCAGCAGCUGCUGAAGGAGAAGGACCAGAGAGAGGUGGAGCUGAGACAGGUCCUCCAGGAGAUGGAGCUGAAGAGUGACUCCAACCAGCAGAACUACUGGCUGAUCCAGUACCAGAGGCUGCUGGACGCCAAGCCUCUGUUGCUACGCAUGCAGGAGGUUGGUGUGGAGAGUGACCUUGUCAGUCUGCUGUGUAAGCUGUCAGCCCAGCACUAUCUCCCCAUCAUGGCCCACCACAGAGUCACUUCCGAGGCCCUGCGCCACAUGACCACCAAAGACCUCCGCAAGCUGGGAAUCAAUGAGAUGGGUAUCCAGAAGGCUCUUCUCAACUGGGCCAGGGAGCAGCCCACCACGCCUUCUGAAGGGGCCUGCAAGGCCGAUCCUCAGGAAGAGGAAGCUGUCCCGUCACCAUCUUCUCUGCCCAGCGCCCCCGGCGAGACACCCACCUCCACCCCUCCACUGACCCCCAUCAACCCCUCAGCCCCCAGCCUCAUAGAUGGCCCGGGUAGCUCAGAGUGUGUGGUGUGCAUGGAGACAGGGUCUCAGGUAAUCUUCCUGCCCUGUGGCCACGUGUGCUGUUGCCAGAUGUGCAGCGAUGCCCUCCAGACCUGCCCCUUGUGUCGCAGCAACAUCGCCCAGCACCUACGCCUCUACCACGGCUAAAGGGACCUUCUUUCCAACCCUCUGAGGCCUCAAUGUGGCCUUGGAGAGCCACAAGCACUCUACCUGCAGGCUUUUGUUCCAGCACUCACUUCGUCUUAUGCCUGGCAAUAUCUGCAACUCUUAUCAUACAAGUCUAGGAAAUAGCCUGUUUUCUCAUCUUUAACUCUGUCUACCAAGUCACUUUUUUAUUCACAUUUUGUGACCCAAAAGGGACAAGGUCAAUCAAUGACUGUUAGGUGUGGUGGGGGGUAGAUGUCUUGCCUUAGUGAAAUAACUGUCUGAGGGACUGUACCUUUGCUCACUCCUCUCUUCAUAGUUGAAAUAGUGGUUGGCCACCCUUUAAAAUGCAUCAUCAUACAUAUCUAUGCGCAUCCAUCCAAUGGUAACCAAUGACACUUUUCUGAUCUCUCUCUCUUUCUCCAUUCAAGUGCUCUUAUAGUCAGUCAUUUGUAAACAUAGCAUGCUACAGGUUAUAGGAAACGUAUAUUGUACGGAAUGAUACCAUCAAACAAUCUGAGUGUUAAAAAUAUGCUGAAUAUGAAGACAUUUAAUGAUAUUCAAUUCGAAAUUGUAAUGUUGUGAUGUAAGUGUUAUGUUCCUUUGCUGGUUAUGUGAUCACUUUCAACUUGUGUGUGUAUUCAGCUUCUGAAUGUGUUCUCUUGGUUGGUUCAAUAGACGCUAUCAUACUCUCUCCUAGCAUUUGCCACAGUAGAUCACCUAUAUGUACUGUCAAUGGCUUUUCACGCACUGAGCCGAGCUGAACUGGGCUGGGCCCGGUUUCCCAAAAUCAUCUUGUGGCUAAAUGAAUCGUAAGAACCUUCGUAGGAGCGUUGUUUCCCAAAACCAUCGUUACUAAAGAUGCACUUAACGCUUGUUAUUUAACGGUAGCCUCAGACCACUUGUAGAACAGCUAAGUGCGUCGUAAUUUUUUUUUGCCCUUUCAGUUUAUACACGAUCUACGGAUGUUUACCUGUGACCGCCGAUAAAUACAAAGUUGCCAAUGUCUUUGCAAUUGUUACAUACACGCGAAUGAUACAAAUUAAAACCGAGAUGUGUUGGCUAAAUAGGCCAAUAUGUAAAUCAAUUUCAUGUUAAUUCCAUCGAGUUAUAUUUUGCUCAUUUUAGUGCUGUCUAAUUUUCCUCCAUUGAAUGUAUAACGUGCGCACUGAUGUUCCAAAGCUACGACUGUGCAUUAUUAUAGGAUAGCCUCAACAUUGGAAUAAGCCGUCUCAAUAUUUGCAGCCAUAUGGUGAUAUUUCGGAGCUGAUCCGUCGUCGUAUUGUGGAACAAUUUGAAUGGAGAAAGCUGAUCCAAGGGCAGCACUGCCUUUGUUUCGACACCACCAGUAUAAAAAAAUGCUCCAACGACGCACUUAGUGAAUGUUCCCAAUGUAGUGCUUUGGGAAACAUGAGAUUUCUUCGGUCGUUAUAGGAACGAUCCAUCGUUAAAAACAUUCGUAAACUUAAAUUGCAUCGCUAUCGGGAAAACCCGGGGCCUGGUCUGGUUAGGCGUCUACCAUGUCAUAAGAAAAUCUCUGGUUAGGUUUGGCAAACUUGUGUGAAAAGAGUAUCAGUGUCAGGUACAUGAUCACUUAAAGCUGCUCUAGAAUGUAAAUAUAUACAGAAAAAUGUAUAGAAUAUAUCCUUUAAUUUGUAUGCAGUCAAAUAUAAUAGUUACACUGCAAACAAUAGCAUGUUAUACACACCUGUUUAAUAUUUACUUAUUGCAUAGAUUGAUAUACACUAUUGGAAGGAAACUGAACAAACGAAAUGGGCAGAUAAAAUAUAUGUGGGUGUCAUUUGAUGCAGUGGGCAUAGCCUGGCACCUAGCCUCGAUGGAAACCAUAUCGCUAAUUUAAGAUUAUCACAUGGUCAGGCUUCCAGCCUCAGAUUUAUGCCUGCAUCGCUCUCGGUCUUCUAUGCAUUAAAUGCUGAACUUUCUAGAUGUUAAACCACUUCAGUCUAUUUCAUGUAUACUUCUUUCAUUCCAGUGUUGGUAAGUAUGGGUUGUCAUCACUUAGGUAACACUCCGUAUCCUGCUAUAAUGACCAUAGGAAUUCAUGCAUUAAAAGAAGGCAUGUUUAUAUAGCCUUGCUUAUAUUGAAUUAUUUCAUGCCAUGCAUGUCACUUUAUGACAAUGUUAUUGCAGGAUACGUGGAGUAACGGUUACCGCCACUUCUCUUCACUGGUAGUUUGAUGGAAAAACCCUAUGCAAAUAAAAUCUGCUCUACCAUU